AUGAGUUUAAAAAUUAAAGUUUUUCUUAAUUCUUUAGUAUCUGUUGAUGGUCUUUAUUUUGUUUAUCAUAAAGUCUAGUUCUCUAAGAAUCGAGGGUUUUCUAAUUGUAAUGAUCUUUAAAACAUGAGAUUUCCUUAUUCAUAUUCUGUGUCUGAUUAUGAUUUGGAAGUAUAUAAUUUUGAAGAGCGUUGUUUAGACCUAAUCAAUUGCACAGGAAACUAAUUUUAUUAAAUGUUAAUUAGAAAAUAGUUACUAAAAUAAGUCAAAGACCAAGAAGUUGUUGAUUAUAAUCCGUCGCAUAGGAUUAGCUAGACUUUACAAUAUAAGAACAGCGAAUCAAUACAGGAAGAGGAAGAACACUCCUCUUUGUCUCAGAUUUGUUAUUUGAAGCCAGUCUUUCUGUAGACUUGUCCCUAACAACCAAUUGACAUUUAGAGUAGCGAAGAUUACAAGGUCCCAACGAUAACAAAUAUUGCAUCGCAUAAGAGUUCUGAUAAGUAUCAUUAAAAAUCGGAGUCAAAGAAAUUAGUUAUAAUCCACAACGAUAGUUCGCUUAUAUCUUCUUCGUUUGGAUUCUAAUCGCAAUUGCUUUCAGAUUACAAGAAGAAGCUGAUGAUUGAUUAAGGGAGAGUGAAGAUCAUAGUAAAUUAGAUAAAAUAAAAGUUAUUGAAUUCUAUUCAUUAUUCGAAAUAUAAUGAUCCCCUCGUAACAUAAGAAUAAGACGAUGUUUCUCCAUUGAGAUAUUAUUAUUUUACAAUGUAUGUGUUUAUCUCUGUAAUUAUCUCCAAUUUACUAACCAUAAUAUUUAUACCUAUUACAAUUGUUUUUGAUGGACCUGAGAUCAUUUGGUAAGUGGCCUUUGGUGUUAAGUUUUGGACACUCUUGUAGGAUUUGUAUUUUCAAAGAGGCCCUUACAAAUUGCUGCGAGGGAAGUUGAUUACUAAUUUCAAGGAUUAGAGUAGAAUAUAUUUGGACUCAUUUCGGACUAUUUCUAGUGCGGCUAUCUUGCUUUUUAAGUUUAAUAAUGAAAUGACUUUGAUGACAUUGAUUUUGUUGUUGGUUAUUUCAGAUUUGAUUAGAACCUUGGAGGUUUUUGAAAAUAUUUACAGAUCGACUCAUUAUAUAUUAUUUACUGUCCAAUUAUGGAUUGCAAUAGUUGUGAUGUGCACUUGUUUUUUGAAAAUGUUUAGCGAGGAGGAAUACUCACUAAGAUUUUAUAUAGCGUAUUCAAUUUCGUUGAUCACUUAAACCUCAAAUAUAUCCAUGGAGAUUACUGAAUAAAAUUCAUUAAUAAUUUCAGUGUUCAUGUUGAUCUCUUACUUGUGUUAUGUAUACACACUCAUACUGUUGUUUGUGUGGAUCAAACCAGGAAUUGAGAUUCAGGAGGAAAAGCAAAAAUUGUUGAAAGGAUUUGUGGAAUAGUUUAAGGAGAAAUGCAGAAAUUAAGAUUUAUUGAGGAGAUGCUACUCCUAUUUAGAUUUUAGAAUCGAUGAAGAUCUAGGGAGAUCGAAGGAUCAAUUAACAAAAAAGUUGAGUCCUGCAUUGUAAGAUGAAAUCGAAAUAUCCUUGAGAACCAGUAUGAUUGAUAAAAUUGAAUUGAUGACCAGGUUCUCAUCUCAAUUCAAAUAGCAAUUGCUGUAUGCUAUUGAAUAAGUGACAUUCAAUCCUGAGGACAAUAUCAUUAUAGUACAAUAAUUGCAAUAUGAUUAGGAACACUAAAGCGAAGAUUUGGGAUUGUAUUACAUUCUCAAAGGAGAAGUAAAGGUGCAAUUCUAAGGAUCCUCGCUUGCCAACAAUAAAAGAUCAGUCACUCGGUUAAAGGAAGGAUAGGCGUUUGGAUAGUACUCUUUUAUUUCUGGAGUCCCCUCAAACAUCAGCAUAUUCAGUUGUGGAGUCACAACUCUCAUGAAGCUUAAGCGAUCAGAAUUCUUGGAGACCAUUUCGAAUUUCCCUUAAGACAAUGAACUAUUUUGUAUGAUGAAAGACAAUUCAUGCUACAAUCAGCAUUUGUUUGAUUGUUACUAUUGCAAAAUUAAAGGCCAUUAUAUUCUAGAGUGCAAUCACAUCCAGUAUUUCCCAUAAAGACAAAAUGUUAUUGAGAAACAUUUAUAUAGUAUUAAAUAGGUCCGUCGAACUUUUACAAGAAAAAGCAAUAAAUACUUAACUUUGAAAAAUCUUGUGUAAAAUCAAGACAAAGCUAAAUAGGUGAUUAAUAAGUAAAGUCAGGACAUUAUGUCAGAGGACCUUCCUGAAGCAUCUCAGUUACCUUAUUCUGAAAAUUAAACAUAUUCCGUAAGUUAUGUAAGUAAUUCGAUGGCGUAUCAAAAGGCAAGUCAGGAUUAACAGGUUUCCAAUAGUAAUGUAAAUGUGGAUAGUUUGGAAUAAUUGAACUAUGAACAAGAAUAGUAGGAAGCUAUAUAGCCACCCAUAUUGGAUUCUUCAAUUAAACGAGGUCGUCAAAACUCACAUAAAACAUCUCAUCGUACUGCCGGUUUCGUUGGGAAUCCUUAGAGUCAAAAUUACUCGACUUUAGACAAGGAUGAAAAAGAAAUCCUAUAGUAAUUGCAAGAAGGAUAGAAAAACGAUUUAAUAAACUAAAAAUAACCAUUUAUUUAGACAGCCAAUAGGAUUGGUCCUAAUAAAUUGACAUUCCAGUUUCAAAAGGAAAUUGCAUCUUAGACUGCUAAUAAGUAGGAGAUUAUUCGAUAGGAUUUCAUUCAACAAUUCUCAUAUGGUAAUUUGAAACAAUCUCUAAGAUAACCAACCAAUAGAUCUCAUACAUAUACGAAUUCAUAUUCGAAGGAUAUCUCAAAUUAUCCAUCUUCCAAUUCUAGAUAAAACAAAUCCUUGAGAUUGUCUAGUCAAACUAAGGAUAAUGGCAAAAAGACAAACAGUGCCAAUACUCAAUCUGAUGAGAAUAAGUUCAAAUAAAAGAGUCAAAGAACUGGAACUAAGUAAAGCAAUUUGGCCUUGCAAUCGUAAUUCUAAGCUAUUACUUCUCCAGAUAAUCAAGGAUAUUUCAUAAAUGAUGUCAUUUUCAACAAAUUUGAAAAAAUGAAAAGCUAUAUGAUCUACUAUCCACAUAACAAUUAUGAUCGAGUCAUCCUUAGAUAACAAAGCUUUUAAGCAAGUGGCAGUAGUAACAAACGCAAAAGACUGUUUGUCUCUCCUUAUUCCAUUAAAUGUUUUGUAGUCUCUAAGAUUCGCAGAAUAUAGAAACUAAUCAACCACUGA